AUGUCGAGUACAAACCGCUACCCGGCCCUGCCGAGCCGCAUGACGCUCAUCGCCUUCAAGACACGUCUGAAAGGCGCGCAGAAGGGGCACAGUUUGUUGAAAAAGAAGGCCGACGCCCUGGCACUGCGCUACCGCAUAGUGAUGGGUGAGCUGCACUCAGCGAAGCUCGAUAUGGCGAACCAGAUCAAGGGCUCCUACUUCACCAUCACUCAGGCACAAUUUAUUGCUGGAGAUAUCAGUCUUGCCGUGCAGGAGUCGCUCAAAAUCCCGACGUACCGGAUGGAGUUGCAGGUAGAGAACAUUGCUGGGGUACAGGUACCAAGCUUUCACACGCAGAACGGCGACGCCGCCGAAGGCCAGAGCACUGCGACGGUGGCCGCCGCAGGCUCUCUCACAACUGGUCUGGGUAAGGGUGGUGAGCAAAUCAAGGAGGCAUACUUCGCCUUCCGGCAGACUCUAUCGCUUCUCGUCAAAAUAGCGUCACUGCAGACGAGCUGGAUUACGCUAGAUAUCGCUCAAAGAGUGACGAACCGCCGCGUAAAUGCUCUGGAGAAGGUAGUCAUUCCACGCUUGCAGAACACUCUCAGCUACAUCACGUCGGAGCUAGACGAGCAGGAGCGUGAGGAGUUCUUCCGACUUAAGAUGGUGCAGAAGAAGAAGAAGGCUAUGGCCAAGGUCCAGCAAGCCGCGCGCGACGCUGAGACGGUAGCCCUCGCGGCGGAGCGGACGCGGCAGCGCAACCUCCUCAUGGCCCAGUACGACGGUGGCGUCGUCGAGGCAGACAUGAUAGUGUAA